ACACCUUUGCCUUUUCCAUGUGGGAAAGAAUUAAAAUGCAAUUUACUUCUGUGAUUUGCUUUGAGUUUGCUACAUUGAAUUUCUGACUACUGGUUUGCGGUUUUGUUUAAUAAACAUAAUAUAGUAUUCUAGUUUCUAUUCAAUGACCUAGGAAAUACUAUUAAUAAAUAAAUACCUGAAAGACUGUGUUAAAUGAAUACAAGACUUUUAGAGCAGACAAAUAUCGUAACUGUAUAACUUCGACUUCACAGGAUGAAAUUAUGAAACGAGCGUGACGAUUGACCGUGUUGUGUGACUAGAACGUUGACCAGACAGAACUCAUUUUUUAUCAUUUACAGAAGACAGCCACAUAAUGAAUCAAAAUAAUGUUCGCGGUGCUGAACGAAAGGAAGAAAUACCUCCAUAUUCAAGGUUAUUUGUGGUAUGUAGUAAGCAACUAAAAGAAGACGAUCUGAGGGGGAGGUUCGAGCCCUUCGGUGAUAUCGAAGAUCUGUAUAUACCGAAAGACCGUAAUACAGGCGAGUCCAAAGGUGUUGCUUAUGUCAAAUAUGCUAAAACUUCCUCAGCUGCUGCUGCUAUCCAAGAACUUCACAUGAAAGUGAUUAACCCAGAUAGCAAGCCCAUUAAAGUUUUGGUAGCAGUAAAUAAAAACGAGAGUUCCACACAGAAAGAUAAUGAAGAUAGGUACAGACGUCUUUUCAUUAAAGUCUCUAGAGACAUUACAGAGACUGAAGUGAGACAACACUUUUCAGAGUUUGGCCAUGUUGAGUCUGUACGCUUGCAGAGAGAUAAACUGACAGACACUUGCAAAGGGUUUGCCUAUGUGCAAUAUAAAUCAUUCUAUAACACUGCAAAGGCUUUUGAAGAAUGUGAUAGAAAAUAUAAACCUGUAUUUGCUAUACCUCGUGAUGACUUAAAACGUAGUAGGAAUAGUCUUGAUCAGUGGAAUGAAGGCAACGUUCAUUUUAAUAGUUUCAGUGCACCUAAAUAUCACCAAAAUGCCAUAGACAGACACAAUAUCCCUAGAACUGAACAUAAUAAUCAAGAACAUUGGAAUACCACUCUAUCAACAGACUUACAAGAUUUCAAUACCAUUGCUGUAGUAUGUAGCCCUCAAGUGCCACAAAAGUACAUCAAAAACUUGUUUGAUGUUGUGCCUGGAAUGGUGCAAUGCAAGUAUUCUGUGGACACAUAUAAUGGGAUCUCCAAAGUUUCUAUUACUUAUGAAACAACACGCUCUGCUACUUAUGCAUUGGAGAAGUUAAAUAAUUUUGAGUUUCCAUCUGGAGAGUUAAUAACUGUCAAACCAGAUAGAAACCCUUUGAGCAGGGCUGCUGAUAACUUAACAGAUAUGGUCAAUCACUUUAAGAAUGCUGUGGAUUCAGGCACACCAGAUUUGCAGCACCUUGCUGAUGUUAUUGCCAGAGCAUCUUCUUUAAUCAAAGCUGCAACUCUGUCUUCUACGGGGCAAACCGAGCAACACAAACAGAAGUCUAAUGACUCAUUUGACCCUAGCUAUUGUAAUGUCCACUUGCCACCACCUAAACCAAUGGCAGAUCUUAAUAGCAGGGUUGUUCAAAGACUGUUCAUUAUUUGUAGGCCUCAGCCUCCACCCCUGUCCACAUUACAAGAUGUGUUCUGUCGUUUUGGAGAUCUCAUUCAUGUUGCCACUAUCCCUUCUAAAACAUUUGGUUUUGUUAAGUAUGCUUCAGCAAAUUCUGCGCAGGAAGCUAUAAACACUUUGAAUGGGGCUGUAGUUAGUGGUAUAAGACUAAAAGUGAUGGAAGCAGAUGAAAAACCAGGUAAAGAUGAUAACUCCAUCAGUAACUCUACUGAAAAGGGUGACCAGGGAGAAAAUAUUGACUAUGAUAUGGAAACCAAGAGAAUGCGACUUGAUGACUAAGACCUACAUUAUAAAGACUAUAAUUCCAUGAAAUAUGUUAUGAUUUUACUUGACUAUAGCUUGCAGAACUAUGUUUUAAAAUAUAUGGAGACAACUACACAUAAUUUACUAUAAUAGUUUUCAGAAAUGCAUGACAUUAUUGUUCUACUGACAAGUCUUUAUUUUUUUUAAAGUAAAAGAUUAAUUUUUAUUAUUUGAUUUGCAAGUGAGUUAUUUAGCCUUGUCUUCUAUUUCUGUCUUUCUCUACUCGGUGAAGUAAUAAACAAAGAGCAAUAAUUAAAUAAAGUUUUUAAAUUCA